UUUGCGUUUCAACGACUAUGACACGUUUACACAGAAAGCCAUGGCUCCUCGCCCUUCCAAUCCUUGCAGUCUACCUGGCCUCUGGUGCAUGCUUCAUCCAAUCGCUGAAGCACAGCAAAUAUUCCAGCAUCAGAUUGCGCUGCACUGGCGAAGAAGUCCAAGGAAGACCAACAAUAAGUCCUCCAUAUCAGUUCUACAGGUUGGCGUGUGAGGCUGCGAAAGAAGCUGGCCUGGAAGUUGAGCAGUACAUCUGCAAUGUGGGAGAAGCGGCAGAUAAAUUCACCAAGAGCAAAGAAGUGGUGGACAGAGACGCGUUUGUGGCGGCGAUCAAAGAUGCAAUGUUUUCCCAAACUUUUACUCUGGUACUUGGUGGGAAGAACUUAGGCAAGACCUUGGUGCUCAAAGGAGCCACUUGCGCCGCAGAGAAUGAGGUACAGGCAAAUUUGACCAUCAUUGACAUUGACAUGCGGGAAGACCCCAACAAGCCACUUUUCAGUGCAAUUUUCGAUCGCAUUGACAAGAAGACGCCUAGCUUUCGAAAGCUCCUUGAGAAAUUUGCGCCGAAGCUGGCGUCGGAUUUCAUUCAAUUUCUUUCCCGCCGGCAGACAACCAAAACGUCGGAUUUGGUAGAACAGCUCUUGUCGCCCAAAGUCACUCUGAGGGGCAUUAUUUCUACCCUCAUGGAAAAGCAAGGAAACAGAACAUGCCUCAUGGUCGAUGAAGCAAACCUGGCACUGCCUGGGCUGCUUGACAGUGACCGUGCAGAAGCAACCCGAGCGCUCCAGUUCUUAGUCAUGCUUACCAAGCAGGAACAGUUGGCAAGUGUGGUGCUCAUUAGUUCAGAGCUGGCUUAUCCCUAUCGGCUUCAAGCUUGUGGCAUGAAUUUGCAGGAUGUACAGAAGAUUGUCAUAGCCAACGAAGUGCCGAAGGGGGAGAUGUUGAACCUGAUGGUGAAGAGGUGGAACAUGAGCGAAGACCUUGCAGAGCAAUUCUUCGCCUAUUGUGGCGGUAACAUUGACCUUUGCUGCCGAGGUGUGAAGAAUUUGCACGAACUUGAGGAAGACUUUGACCCUUUUGCCUUGAUAGAUUGUCCUGGCUUGCCCAGCUGCGCGGCUGACCCUGAUGCAAAGAAACAUUUGCGGAACCUGGUGAAGCAGGGCUGGUCACCCGUCUAUGACGUGGAGAUGGACGGUGCUGCAAAGCUUAUUGCAGGGAAGAAUGUGGGUGGCAUCAUUCCGAGGAGGGCAAUUGCCUUCGAUCGUCCCAAAAGGCAUUUGGGAUGGCAAGCAUGAGUACGCACUCGUACCAUCAGGGACUUUGAUGAGGUGGAAGAUUGCCAAAGAGCUGGAGCGGGUCGACAGUAUGGGCGCAGGCAGUGCCACCUCGCAACCAUCCGCUGCGGUGUGGGUGUGUCAGCUGAGAAGCAUUGCCCGAGCCUUACCGGCCAAAUGCAGUCUUGCCUGCCUUGCGUUCAUGCUCGAGAAAAAGCUGUCAAAGGGUCGACUGAACCG